UGUUAACAACAUAAUGAAUUUCGUAUUGUUGGUUGACGUGUGCACAGAAAGCAUCAAUGAUCGCCAGGAUGACUGCUAAGUACGUCGCUGAGGAAACCAAGAAAAACAUGGAGUCGUUCACUCAGAGAAUUGAAAAAGCAGCUGGGAAAAGGGUACUGGAUGUUGGUGCUUCCUGUUCGGGACUAGGUUUGCCCUUGUUCUUCACUGCUGACGAGACACCAAAUGAGCAGGGCACGGUAUUGGAAUCAGAGCCGCACCGGAAAGAUCCACUUGCACGCCUUAAACAGAGGCUGUCGUUUGACGGCAAAGAUAAAUGUCAUGGGCCGUCUGUCAACUUGGCAGAUCAUAAGGUUGUAGUGGACUCUGCCAGCAACGGCAAUCAAGCGGUGGACUUUGAACUCUUCAACUUGUCCCCUUUAGGAACCGCUGAAGUUCCAAGUAUCAACGAAAUAAUAGACGUGGAACAGAUAGAGGACGACAGCAGGGACAUGCAUGUUAUGAACAGCGCACAGAACCGGUGAUAACAAACCCGCCAAAA